AUGUGGGUGAUAUGCAUGUCACUUUACCUUACGUGCCUUAUUUCCUACAAUCGAUUCGGACGGAUCAUCCAGGGCGGAACUUUGAAAUCGCCGUCGGUCGAUAGAGAGCAACGAGCCAGACGGCUAAAAUCGAGCUUGCUCCGCACCGGAUAUCAUAAACGAGAAGUGAGCGAUCGAGCGAAGGCCUCUUUGUUCCCAAAUUUGAGGCCCAAAGCUGAAUCUCCAGAUCGUUCGACGGCCACGGACCCUCCGCCACUGUGA